AACAGCAACAUAUUUGCAUCGUUAUCGUUAAACAAAUGCUCUAAAUAAACACAUUUAUAUCGUAAUUAGUAAAUGGUACGCAGUUCGCGAAUUUAAUCAAUAAAACAAGUGAUCUGUUCGUGUUUAAAAUUUCAUCGAGCCAACAUGGGGAUGUCGCGCUGCUAUUCACUUAUGAAAUGUUUGCUGAUACUGUUUAACAUCGUAUUCCUGGUGAUAGGCCUAGCAGCCUGUGGGCUGAGCGUCUGGGCCCUAUGGGAGGGCGGAGCCUCCGCCAGCGUCGGCGGGACCGGCGCCGGUGAUGCCGCCGCAGCUCGAGCGGGGCUCUGUGCUGUGGCGGCCUGGGGCGGAGCGCUAGCGUUGGGCGCUAUUGCUGCAUUAUGGGGAGCGGCCCGCGAUGCCCCAUCUCUGUUGGCUGCUUCUUUUGCGCUCUUAGCGCUGUGUGGAGUGGCGGAGGCAGCAGCGGCUUGUUGGGGCGCGGCGCAUUUACCCCAGCUACGGCGGGCCUUGUCACAGCGCCUACACUACGCGGUCCGUAACGAGUACGGCCACGGCGCCGCUACGCAGCUCCUCGACACCAUUCAGGCCGAGGUAUUAUAUCUGAACACGACACACGUGUACGUCAGCCGCAGCUCCAGCGGGUGUUAUCACAGCGCUUACACUACGCGGUCCGUAACGAGUACGGCCACGGCGCCGCUACGCAGCUCCUCGACACCAUUCAGGCCGAGCUUAAUCAUGCGCCUUAAAUGUUGCGGCGCAGGAGUAGGCGCCCGCGACUGGCAGAGCUCAGUGUGGUCCCGCGCCGAGGCCGGAGCCUCCGACGCGGCCCCUCCGCAGCCCGACGAUGUAGCCCUAGAUCUGUCCGUGACCGCCCCUAACUCUUACUACUACGUUCCUCCUUCGUGUUGCUUGGGAGGCGACCCGGCGUCGUGCGCGGCGGCGCGGCGCGUGCCGGCCGCGUCGGGCGGCGCCGCGGGGCUGCACGCGGCCGCCUGCGCGCAGAAAGUCAUCCACGCGCUAGAGUCGGGUGCGCGGCUGCCGCUAGCGAUAGGCGCGGCGUUGCUCGCGCUGCACGCGCUAGCGCUGCUGCUAGCGCUCGCGCUCUGUCUCCGCGCGCGCCCCGCGCCGCGCUACAAGGCUUAGGAGGUAGGCCACCAGAGGUACCACUCCCACUAUGCGUACAACUAAGCUGUACUUAAACUGUGAUGUCAGGGCAAUUUUAA